CAAGGCACAUGGCGGGAAAAGGGGUCAUCAUGGGGAAGAUUAUCUUCUAUGAGGACAAGAACUUCUCUGGGCACAUUUUUGAGUGCAGCAAUGAUUGUGCGGACCUGACGUGUCUCCUCAAACACUGCAACUCCAUCCGGGUGGAGAGCGGAUGCUUCAUGAUCUAUGAAAAAUCCAACUACGGUGGGAACCAGUACUGCCUGAAGAGAGGAGACUAUCCGGACUUUCAUCACUGGACGGGCACCAACGACUCCAUCUGCUCCUGUCGCUUCAUCCACAUGGAGCAGUGUUCGUUCAACAUGCGCCUGUAUGAGCGGAUCGAGUUCGGAGGCCAGAUAAUGGACCUGAUGGAAGACUGUCCCAGCGUCAUGGACCGCUUCCACGUCAAUGACAUCUUCUCCUGUAACGUGACCGAAGGCAACUGGCUAUUCUAUGAGCACCCGAACUACCGGGGCAGGAUGUACCUGAUAAAGCCCGGAGAUUACAAGAGGUUCAGCGAGUGGGGCGGCAGGAGCGCCAGGGUCGGCUCCAUCAGACGCAUCCUGGACUAUUGACGAUGAUGUUUUUGGGGAUCCCAGAGCUGCAUGGAAGCUUGGAAAGCCUUCAUGCUCAGAUAAUGACCCACAAGACUGUAUAGAAAGUACAAAACACUGUAUGUGACGCUCAGUUUGACUGUUAGUAAUAUUUUACUUCCAGGAUUAAGACAAAAUCCUGAAGAGCUUUAGAAAUAUGAAUCAGUGUUGAUUCCCUGAUGCUAGGAUGGACUCAUUGCAAAGCAUCAUACAUCAAGAGCACAAAUAACAACAACAAAACAUUGUUUUGGACCUGUUGUUGAUCAAACACUUACCACCGUAAUAAAGAAAUUGCAAAAUGGA